AUGUCUCCAAAUGACCUGUUGACAGACCGGGGCAGCCCAAGCCAGCAGACAGUGUGUGGGGCUGGGCAGGAACCUGGCCGGAACCGUGGCACCUCUUAUGCCUUAUCCCACGGUGUGGCUCAGGUGGCCUUCCUCCAGGGAGAGAGGAAAGGGCAGGAGAAUCUAAAGACAGACCUGGUGCGGCGGAUCAAGAUGCUGGAGUAUGCACUGAAGCAGGAAAGGGCCAAAUAUCAUAAACUGAAGUUUGGGACAGACCUGAACCAGGGGGAGAAGAAACCAGACCUGUCAGAGCAAGUCUCCAAUGGCCCAGUGGAGUCGGUCACCCUGGAGAACAGCCCGCUGGUGUGGAAGGAGGGCCGGCAGCUUCUGCGGCAGUACCUGGAAGAGGUGGGCUACACCGACACCAUCCUUGAUAUGCGCUCCAAGCGUGUGCGUUCCCUGCUGGGCCGGUCGCUGGAGCUCAAUGGGGCAGCCGAGCCCAGCGAUGGGGGCCCUCGGGCAGCACCAGGUCCUGGGGCACUCAGUGGCGGCGAGUCUCUGCUGGUGAAGCAGAUCGAGGAGCAGAUCAAGAGGAAUGCAGCGGGCCAAGACGGCAAAGAGCGCCUGGGUGGCUCGGUGCUGGAGCACAUCCCCUUCCUGCAGAACUGCGAGGACGAGGACAGCGACGAGGAUGACGAGCUGGACAGCGUGCAGCACAAAAAACAGCGCGUGAAGCUGCCAUCCAAGGCCCUGGUGCCUGAGAUGGAGGACGAGGAUGAGGAGGACGACUCAGAGGAUGCCAUCAAUGAGUUCGACUUCCUGGGCUCAGGAGAGGAUGGGGAGGGGUCUCCGGACCCCAGGCGCUGCGCUGGCGAGGGGAAUCCCCAUGAACUAGAAAGCCGUCGGGUCAAACUCCAGGGAAUUCUGGCUGACCUUCGGGAUGUGGACGGGCUGCCCCCCAAAGUGACGGGCCCACCUCCUGGCACCCCCCAGCCCCGGCCUCACGAAGGUUCCUUUGGCUUCUCCUCAGACGUUUUCAUCAUGGACACUAUCGGGGGCGGGGAGGUGAGCCUGGGGGACUUGGCAGAUCUCACCGUCACCAACGACAACGAUCUCAGCUGUGAUCUGUCCGACAGCAAAGAUGCUUUCAAGAAGACGUGGAACCCUAAGUUCACCCUGCGCUCACACUACGACGGCAUCCGCUCCCUGGCCUUCCACCACAGCCAGUCGGCGCUGCUCACCGCCUCUGAGGAUGGCACCCUGAAGCUGUGGAACCUGCAGAAGGCGGCCACAGCCAAGAAGAACACCGCACUGGACGUGGAGCCCAUCCAUGCCUUCCGCGCCCACAGGGGCCCCGUGCUGGCCGUGGCCAUGGGCAGCAACAGCGAGCGCUGCUACAGCGGCGGCGCCGACGCCCGCAUCCACAGCUGGAAGAUCCCGGACCUCAACAUGGACCCCUACGAUGGCUACGACCCCAGUGUGCUGAGUCACGUCCUGGAGGGCCACGGGGACGCCGUGUGGGGCCUGGCCUUCAGUCCCGCCUCCCAGCGCCUGGCCUCCUGCUCUGCCGACGGCACCAUUCGCAUCUGGGACCCCAGCAGCAGCAGCCCGGCCUGCCUCUGCACCUUCCCCACAGCCAGCGAGCACGGGGUCCCCACCUCAGUGGCCUUCACCAGCACCGAGCCCACCCACAUCGUGGCGUCCUUCCGCUCCGGUGACACCGUCCUGUAUGACCUGGAGGCCGGCAGCGCCCUCCUCACACUGGAGUCCCGGGGAGGCAGUGGUCCCAUGCAGAUCAACCAGGUGGUGAGUCACCCCAACCAGCCACUCACCAUCACUGCCCACGACGACAGGGGCAUCCGCUUCCUGGACAACAGGACAGGUAAAUCCGUGCACUCCAUGGUCGCCCACCUGGACGCCGUCACCUGCCUGGCUGUGGACCCCAAUGGCGUGUUCCUGAUGUCAGGCAGCCACGACUGCUCUCUGCGCCUGUGGAGCCUGGACAACAAGACGUGUGUGCAGGAGAUUACAGCUCAUCGGAAGAAGCACGAGGAGGCCAUCCACGCGGUGGCCUGCCACCCCAGCAAGGCCCUCAUUGCCAGCGCUGGCGCCGACGCCCUAGCCAAGGUCUUCGUAUGAUGCCUGCCCGGCCUCACUCUGGCCACACGGUGGCUGCAGAUCGGGGCCCGGCAGGUGGGGCGGAGGUGAGGGCAUCAGACUUUUUCCUGCUGUGGGUGGGAAGGGCAGAAUGCUCGUCCUUGCGCUGGACUGCCCUCACAGCCCCUCCUUCAGGCUGUGCCAAGUCCCCUAGUCCUAGGAAAAUGGCUGACACGCCUCUGGGAACGUGGGGCGGCGCUGGACCUCGAGAGGAGCCCUAACCUAUUGUCCUGGUCCAGUCUCCAGUCUCCCGACCUGAGUCUCUGCAGGCGGCUCCCAGCCUCCUCCCACCUGCCCCAGAGCCUGGUGGUGCUAAAGGCCCCUUCUCCAGAAAUGCCCUGCCCCUUCCCCGCCCCUCCAGCGGGGCCCCAAGGCCUGCUCCUGCCAUUGGCUGCCCUCCCAACUGCAGCGGCAGCCAGGACCAGGGGUCCUUGGGGGUCCUUUUUUUUCCAAGAUGCCACAAGGUGCCAGAUUCUGCCCUUGAGCCCUGCCCCGCCUCUGCCUCCAGCCUCCCAGUAGGGAAGUCUCCAGACACCCCCCUGCUGUCCAACACUAACCCGGCCUCUAGGACCAGGAAUUGCUUGGGGAGGCUGCUCCAGACGAGCCCACUCCUGCAAGGGCAGCCCUCCCAGCCCCCCACAAGAGGCCAGGCGGAGAGGGUAGGGCAGGCCCUGGGCCCCCAACUCCCUGUAUAUCUGUAUAAAUGGAUGGGACUUUAAAGGCGCCACCCACAUUAUCACUGUGUGAUAGUCUGUCUGUCUCCUGGCUCCACACUUUGCCUCUAUUUAUUUCACUCUGUCUGGGUUCCCUCACUGCACCCUUGGUCCCUCCCCCACCCCCCUACCUUCAGGCCCCUGUUUAUAAGCCUCAACCCUCACCUCUGCCCUGAACUUGUAUGUGAA